UCUGGUUGGGCUUUAAAACAAAUAUAAAAUGAGGAUUGUCGGUGGAUUCGUUGAUUUUUGAUAGUCUGCUAAGCCAAGCUAAAUCCAAAGGCAAAGUCGAAGCCUAUUUGGAAAUUGCAUCGAAUCCUCCGUGACUAUCACCAAAAGCUUAUCUCCGUAGGAAAGCUUCAGCUUUAUUUCUCAUCCAGACGAAGAGAAAAGCUGUGACCUGUGACUUCUAUCUACAAAGAGAGAGAGAGAGAGAUUUCAUAUUUAUAAAAUGAACGGCGGCGACGCGUACGGUGUUGUGGAGGCGCAGUACAUACGGAGACACCAUAGGCACCAGGCCCGAGAGAAUCAGUGCACGUCUGCUCUUGUUAAACACAUGAAAGCUCCUGUUAAUCUCGUAUGGUCACUUGUGAGGCGAUUCGAUCAGCCACAGAAGUACAAACCAUUUGUGAGUAGGUGCGUUGUCAAUGGAGAAGGCGGGGGGCUUGGGAUUGGAAGUGUCAGGGAAGUGAAUGUCAAAUCUGGACUCCCUGCUACGACAAGCACUGAGAUGCUUGAACUCCUUGAUGAUAAGGAACACAUUCUUGGAAUCAAGAUUGUUGGUGGUGAUCACAGGCUAAGGAACUACUCCUCAGUUAUGACUGUCCAUCCAGAGGUUAUUGAUGGAAGGCCAGGGACGUUAGUCAUAGAGUCAUUUAUUGUGGAUGUACCUGAUGGCAACACCAAAGAUGAUACAUGCUAUUUCGUGCAGGCCCUCAUUAAAUGCAAUCUCAAAUCUUUGGCUGAUGUCUGCGAGAGGAUGGCUGUGCAGGACAGGGUUGAACCAAUUGACCGAUUCUGAACUGUGUGCAAUGAAGCGUAUUAGGAUGGCUGUGGAAUUUGAGGUUCUAAUUCCAGAGGCUUUGUAGAGAGAUUGGUGGGAGUAGUUUUCCUAUUUCCAGAAAGUUUUGCAUGCAGUGCUGGAUUUCCCUUUUUCACCUGAUAAAUAACCUUUCUACCUGCUUUGGCUUUGUUUGCUUGGUCCCUCAACAUUGAAGGUGGGGUUUCUCCUGUUUUAGCAAUUAGGUUCUUAGACAAUUUUCCUUGAACUUCCUAUGAAUGUGAAAGAAUCACUUCUUUUUCACCGUUGCUUUUACUAGUUUUAUUGUGGUAUGUAAAUUACUAUGCUCAUAUCUGUAAAUAUCUUUGUAACAAAGUUGUUGCUUUAUCAAAGUUGCAACUUCCACGUGCAGGGAUUUCUGGCUAAAAACUUCCAAGUAGCAGCAUUUUGUUGUUUUUAA